AUGCAGACAGCCGCUGAGGUGGCCUUCUGGGCACUGGACGUCGAUGAGGAUGGCCUGAUUGGCAGAGAUGAGUUUGCCUUGUCCAUGAUAGGGCUCCUGAGUCGUGACCUUGCCCAAAGCCUCUUCGAGUCCCUGGACCUGGAUGGAGACGGUGCGAUCGAUCUCCAGGAGUUUCUCUGGAUGACGCAGGCAUUGUCGGAGACCGACAUCGAGUAUGCUUUCAGCUUCUUCGAUGUGAAUGGUGACGGGCACGUGUCGAAGAAAGACUUGCGGGCCUUCUUUUCACAGCGAGGCCUGAUCCGUGAAGCAGAGAUCGAUGACAUGAUUCGUGCUUUGGAUGCGGAUGGCUCAAGCACGAUUGACCAAAAGGAGUUCAGCUCAUGGCUGCUUGGAGUCAUCAGCGGUGGAGUGGCAGCCAGGGCACCCACCGUCGAGGGCCCCGAGGCCCCGAAGCGCGGCCGGAAGCGCCGCGCCAAGGCGGCCGUUGCCCGGAGAAAUGGUGCGAUCCAGAAGUUCAUCUCGACCGUCUGCCUGGCAGGGGCGGUGAAGCACUGGGAGGCCACCAUCCUGUGCCAGUCCGAUCGUGAGCUGCCGAUGCGACCUGUGGACCAUCCCCUCUCCAAGCGGGAGAAGUUCGAGCGCCUGCACAUCAUGUCCGAGAGGCGAAUCCAGGACUUGGAGGCGGAGGUUCGCAGUUUGAGGGCCUUCGUGAGGCAUCUCAGAGAUUCCCGCGAGGAGACAGCCAAUGACCCCGAAACCCCUAAACCCCUUAACCCUAAACCCGUAUAA